AUGUCGAUCUACGUUGCGUCUACAACGGCGCCUGUGAACAUCGCAACGCUCAAGUACUGGGGCAAGCGCGACAGCAUGCUCAACCUGCCCACGAACUCAUCGAUCUCCGUGACGCUGUCGCAGGAGGACCUGCGGACGCUGACGUCGGCGGCCACGGGGCCGGAGCUCGCUGAGGACCGGCUGUGGCUGAACGGCAAGCCGGAGUCGCUGGGGAACGCGCGGACGCAGCAGUGUCUGGCGGACCUGCGCGCGCUGCGGCGCGCGCUGGAGACCGAGGAGCCGGAUCUACCGCGGAUGUCGGAGUGGAAGCUACACAUUGUGUCGGAGAACAACUUCCCGACGGCGGCCGGGCUGGCGUCGUCUGCGGCGGGGUUUGCCGCGCUGGUGGUGGCGGUGGCGAAGCUGUACGGGCUGCCGCAGGACUACUCUGAGAUCUCGAAGAUCGCUCGCAAGGGCUCCGGGUCGGCGUGCCGCUCGCUGUACGGCGGGUACGUGGCGUGGGAGAUGGGCGCGGAGGCGGACGGCUCGGACAGCCGCGCAGUGCAGAUCGCGGACGUGGAGCACUGGCCGGAGAUGCGCGCGGCCAUCCUGGUGGUUUCUGCGGACCGCAAGGACACGCCAUCGACGAGCGGUAUGCAGCAGACGGUGCACACGUCGGACCUCUUCAAGGAGCGCGUCGCGACGGUGGUGCCGCGGCGGUACGGAGAGAUGGCGGCGGCGAUCCGCGCGCGCGACUUCGCGACGUUUGCGCGCCUGACGAUGCAGGACUCGAACUCGUUUCACGCCACCUGCCUGGACUCAUUUCCGCCGAUCUUCUACAUGAACGACACUUCGCGCCGGAUUGUCAAGCUGUGUCAUCUGAUCAACGAGUUCUACAACGAGACCAUCGUGGCGUACACGUUUGACGCGGGUCCGAACGCGGUGCUCUAUUACUUGGCGGAGAACGAGGCGCGGCUCUGCGGCUUCCUCUCUGCCGUCUUUGGCGCCAACGACGGCUGGGAGACCACGUUCUCGACGGAGCAGCGCGCCACCUUCGCCGCGCAGUUCGACGAGUGCGUGCGCGGCAAGCUUGCGACGGACCUGGACGACGAGUUGCACAGAGGAGUUGCCCGCCUCAUCUUCACGAAGGUCGGGCCAGGGCCCCAGGACACUAAAUCCUCGCUCAUCGACCCCGAGACGGGCCUGCCCCGCUGA